AUGUGUCUCUCGAAAAUGUGUCCCUGGACAUGCAAACAUCAUCAGUGUUCAAGUAAAUGCAGUGACAAGUGUUCUAUACCUCUGUGUGAGGAGUCAUGUACUGAACUGUUAAAAUGUGGCCAUGUCUGUAGUGGGUUUUGUGGAGAUCCCUGUCCUCAGCUCUGCCUUGUGUGUGAUGCUGAGAAACUUCCUCCUCAGCUUGAUAAUGCUAGGUAUGUGUUGUUAGAAGAGUGUGGACAUGCUAUUGAAGUGAGGACGCUGGAUGCAUGGAUGAUGAAGCCAUGUCAAGAAGUAGGUCUGAAGACUUGUCCAGAGUGCACUCUUCCGGUGCAUUACUGUCGCCGCUACAGCGACAUAAUACGCAACACGCACCUGGAGUUGAGUGUUGUGCUCAAAAUGUACAUGGAAAGAAGACCACAGAUCUCAGCUCCAUAUGUUAUGAAUUCUCUGAGAGAUUUUAUGUCUGUGGAAUACUUCUCCAAAGAGCUGUACACACUUAUGGUUACCAUGAAAAUGGUACCCAAACAGAAGAGUAAGAAGCAAAAUUCAGGUCAGAAAACACCACAGAAUACACAGGCAUUAAGUUACAAUGAAUUACGGCUCAUUCACUUCAAAGCUAACGUGUUGAGAAAAGCUUGUAUGAUAAAAGCAUAUAUAAAUAAGUCUCGACAUAAAAUGUCAUUUCAUUUACAAUCAUCUCAGGUAUGGCACCUCGUUUUUCAGUUGGACACACUUGUUAAGCAUGUAAUGAAUUUAACAUGUUAUGAGGCUUCUGAAGUUAUAGAGGGAGUAAACAGUGAACUACAACGUCUGCUGCUACUGCCUUCAUUUUGGUACUUUGAUAAAGAAUACAAAGCAAAGAAGAGUGAUCAUAUGAAAGAUGUACAUGAGAAACUGUGUGUAAUCUUCGAUCCUAAAAACAAGUUUACAAUUGAACAAGAACACGAGGUCCUCAGCCUCCUAAAACAAUGUAAUCUUGCUGGUAAUUUGAUUAUCUAUGAUCAGAGAAGAAUUACAAGUGCAAUGGGUGUUAAAAAUUCACUACAAGGCGUCUGA